GCACGUCUCGAAAUUCUCCUUCAUAUCGUCCCGCUCUUGAGUUUUGCAACUCUUCGAAUCUCUCUGAUUGUUCGCUUAUUGCCAAGAUAAUAAAGAAAAAAUAAUUCUUUUUUCAUGUGACAUAAACAUAUUUUGCUUAAUUAGAUAGAAACUUUAGAAAAAAAAUUAUUUUGUGCUGACGUAUAAUUUUCUUCCCUGUGCGGAACUAUUUUUCUUGCUGAAUAUUUGCUGUUUUCUGUUCUUUUCAAGUUUAUCCGAUCGGACAAUUAGUGUUUUUGAUAUUGUUCCAAAAUGAUGCGGGCUAUUGUCUUGGUGCUCUUUUUGAGUUAUGGAUCUAUUUACGGUCAAUUUGAUGAGGAGUUUGAAGAAGUGCCGUCAACUCACCAGCCUCAUAUGUUAACAUCUGAAUCAAAAGUUGAUGCAACUAUAGGAGAAACUGCUACAUUUUAUUGUGAAGUGGACGAUUUGGGUGAUUAUGUCCUUAUAUGGAAGAAGGGAAGGAACCAAAUGUUAUUUGCAGGACAAAUGAAAAUAACUAAGGAUGAUCGUAUCAAUGUAGAUGGAACAUCAUUGGUUAUUUCAAAUGUUCAUCCUAAGGAUAGUGGAGAAUAUACUUGCCAAAUAAGUACUAUUCCUCCGUUAGAACUUUCUCACACAUUGGAUGUUCUUUACCCUCCUACCGUAAAACCACAUCCAAAAGAUGGCUUCAUCAAUGUAAAAGAAGGGGAAACAGUUUCUCUGUCAUGUGCUGCUAGUGGAAAUCCUAAACCAAUUAUCCGCUGGAAACAUGCUGGUGUUCACUAUGAUAGCAGCGAUGACACAAAUUUCAGGAUAAACAGUGCGCAAAAGAGUGAUUCUGGAGAAUAUGAAUGUAUUGCUGAUAAUGGUGUUGGAGAUCCUGCAAGUGCUGUAAUUACAGUUGAAGUUGUUUCUGCACCAAAAGUCUAUCCAAAUCCCAGAAGUGGUCUUUUGACUGUAAAAGAGGGAGAGACUAUAUCUAUUUCAUGUGAGGCAACUGGUGAUCCUGUACCUGUGAUUACUUGGAAGAGACCAGGUGGUGAGAAGGCAACCAAAGUCAGAGAAGAAAACAAAAUUGUGAUAUCAGAAGCCAAUAGAAGUCAUGCAGGCUCAUAUGAAUGCAUAGCAAAUAAUUCAUUAGGAAUUUUCACUUCUGCAAUUAUUAGAGUUCAAGUACAAUAUGCUCCAGAAAUAACAGUUCCCCAUUCGUGGAUUCAUGCAGGUGAAGGGACCAAUGUAAAUAUCACUUGUAUCAUAAGGGGAGAACCAAUUCCUUCCGUCAUGUGGAAAAAAGGGGGUGAUGGUCAAGUAAUUCAUGGAAAUGAUCAUUACCACAUGAAAACUGAUGGCCAUCUUCAUAUGCUUGAAAUCCGUCAUUUGAAGGAAGAUGACUUUGGACGCUAUGAUUGCAUAGCCAGCAAUUCAUUGAGUAGCGUUUCUGAAAAUAUUCACAUCAUUGGAACACCCCAAGUUCCUCAUUUCACUAGCAAACCCCAUAUAUCUCAGGGAACAAAAUACACCAUUUCCUGGAUUGUAGAUUCUCAUACACCUGUUGACGAAUACUCUCUUAUGUUCAGAAAAAAAGCAAACAAUGGCGAAUGGGAAACUAAAACGAUACCUGCAUCAGACAAAAAAGAAGGCAACACUCAUAUACAGGUGUAUCAACUAGUUAAUCUGGAACCAGCUACAUCAUAUGAAGCUGUCGUCACAGCAAGGAACAAGUUUGGCUGGAGCAAACAGAGUGAAGCCUUUGUCUUUACAACGAAGAAAGAAGAAUCAAGUACCAGCUCUGCUCAGGCCACCUCAACUUCUGCUGGUGCAAUACCAGCUGAAAGCACAACUGAAAUUCCAAUAGAUAUAGGAAAUGAUAUACCAAUCAUUAAUGAUAAACAUUCAGAAAGUGCUCUCAGCAGCUCGUCUACUACCUAUGUGAAUUUGAUGUUUACAAUUCCAAUGGUUUUUGUAUCUCUGUACCGUAAUUUACUGUAAAUUGUUUUCCUACAAGAAAGAUUGGACACCAUUACUACGAUCUGAACUUAAUUGCUUGAAAAAAAUUGGGCAUACGAGUGUCUUGCAGGAAUGUGAUACAGAAUAAGCCUGUCAUUCCUCAGAUGAAAAUAUUAGAACUAUAUAUAGUUUGCCAUCCAUUCAUAAUAAUAUGUGGUAUUCAGUAUUUGUUUUUUUUUCCCUUAUAAGUUUUCUAUCUUCACGAUAAAUUAUUAAGAUUCAUUUAAUUAGUGCAUUACUUUAAUCUAUACAAAUAAAACAUUUUUGAUCAAAAUAAAUUUAUUACGAACAAUGUUCACAUAUUGAUUAAUAAUGUUCAGAAGAAUGUAUUCUGCUAAAAAUUAAAAAAUGUAUUCUGUUUGUGAAUUUAAAAAAUUUUUUGUCAAGGGUUUACAUGUUUAUAAAAUAACAUUUUGAUAUUUUUUUCAAAUAAAAUCCCCGUUUCUUGAUUAGUAAAAUAAAUUGAAGGAAAAUCAUAAUCAGUUUUGCUUAGAGAUAGAAAACUUUGGCUUGAAAUAAUUUUGUGAUGUGUAAAAUUGUUUUCUCCCCAUUUUCGUCUUUGUGAUGUUGAGUUGUCUAUUUAUUUUUGUAGUCAUAACAGUUUGAGCACUCAAAUAUUAUUUUUUAUUUGGAAAUUUUAUGCUAUUUUUUAAGUGUGCCUCUUAAACAAAACCAUUAAUUUUUUUUUAAUAAAAAUUACUGCACUGAAAUUUGGUGUUGCACUCUUUUCUGUACAAAUUUUUGCUUUUUAAUGAUAAAAUGUGACAUACCUUCAUGGUGAUGCUGUGGAAUGUUAUGCAGUCAAAAUUGAAUUUCUUGAGUUUAAAAAACAUAUUUCAAUUAAGGUUAAGUGGUGUGCACUUUCACUGUUGUAUAAUCAUUUUUGAGUGUAUGAAUGAAUGUAUAUACUUUACGAAUAACCAAUAUGAUGAAAUUUAAAAAUUUAUUUUCUAAGAACUUUUUAUCUGAACUGCAGCUUAUAUUGGGAAUUAAAAUAUUUUGGCCAUUCAUACUGUUAACUAAUUCGUGUUUAGCAUUUCAUUGCUGUAUCUGAUAUUUAUUCAUAUAAUUUUAUUGUCUUUCAUAAGAUACUUUAUUUGUUGAAUUUGUGUGAUUAGAUUAAGUAUACAUUAGUAUGGGUCAUUUUUAGAAAACUAUUUGUUUUAGCAGCUCUUGUAAUAAAUUUCCUUUGCAGUUCAUACACCUUGAAAAAUUACUUUUCUUUUAAAAACUUAAAUAAUAUUAGAUAGCAUGCUCAGUGCUGCUGUCCACAAUUUUUAUGGAAAAUUAUUUAAAUUGCUGUAAAUAGGUUGAUGUGUAUUUAGUUAGAUAACUUUUUUAUACACUAAAUAAGGACUAUCAAUUUGUGAUGUCUUUAUUUCACUAAUUAUUGUUUAAUUAAAUAUAUUAACUUUUCUAAAUAUAUUAUUCAAGUGGAUGUUCUCAAGCUAGUAUGCCUGGUUAUUCCAUAUUACUACCUUUUAUAACUUUCGAUACAAAGAAAACCAAUUUUCAUUUCUUAAAAAUGUCUUUAAGUAAAAGAUAUUUUAACUAUUAUAUUUAAAAAAAUUUCUAGUUUUCUGAGAAUGGCCCAUAUAAUUCAUAACAUUUAAAUAUGACUAAUUGUAGGGGAAAAUCUUAAAAAGUUCUUAAAAUUGUACUUUGAUUUUUUUUUUUUUUUAAAUCAUGCCUGUUAUAGCCACUGAACAGACAUUUUUAAUAACUUUUCAAUGGUCAUUUCUAUUUUUUUUUUCUUUUUAAUAUGACAAUAAAAAAUAUUAUUUUUAGUUAUGAAUUGAAAAUUGUAUUAUAUUAAAAGCAUAAGUGGUCAUAGAAAUAAUGUACAUUUUUGCUUCUUUGAAUUAUAUGGGCAUUAUUUCAAGGGCUUACAGUUGCUCCUAGAUUCUGAUCUAUCAUUUUGAAAUUUCAAAUAAAGUUGUAGAUAUUGUCA